AUGUAUGCUUAUCGCAUCACCGAGAUCCGAAAUGGACGUGAAAUACGAUUGCACGAUUGUUUCGACGAUGGAGAAACUGGAGCGAGCUCUAAAAUGCUAGAACUAUUGGACAAAAUGAAUGCUACUAAUGUUCUGGUUGUUGUGUCGCGCUGGUAUGGAGGAAUUCAUCUUGGCCCAGAUCGUUUUCGUCAUAUUAACAAUCUCACACGUGAAAUAGUAACAAUGCACGGUCUUAACUCACGGUCAUCAAACGCGUAG